AACCAAACCAUUCUUGGUUUAAAGAAAUACAAAGAAGACAAGUGCCCCUCCACCUCCCCACCUCCUAUCUGUCCUCCUAACACACUCUCUACAUCUACCCUCUUUUGCUCUAAAUAUACACUUCAGCAUUUGGACUUCCCUAGCUUACUUCUUUGUUUUGGUCGUAAAACUGUGUCGUUUAGGUUAACUUCUCCAUGACUGAGAACAGAAGGAUCUUCACCACUGUGCUGAGGCUGCUGGCCUUGGCUGCGACUGUUUCUGCCACCAUAGUUAUGGUCACCAGCCACGACUCUACCAACGUCUUGAACUUGACCUUCAAGGCCAAGUACAACCAUUCUCCGGCUUUCACGUACUUUGUGAUAGUGGAGGCAAUUGUAAGUGGAUACAACCUUAUAAUCCUGCUUCUUUCUUCCAAGGGCUCACUUUGGCGCAUGGUUAUCAUCCUAGAUGUGGUUGCAGCUCUUCUUCUUACUUCCAGCAUGUCAGCUGCCUUGGCGAUAGCUCAAGUGGGGAAGAAAGGGAACACUCAUGCUGGUUGGCUGCCAAUUUGUGGACAGGUCUCCAGGUUUUGCAACCAUGUCACUGGAGCUCUUGCUGCUGGCAUCCUUGCAGCAAUGUUUUACUUUGUGCUUAAUCUGUUUACCCUUUACAAUGUUCUUAAUCCUCUAUUUAUGGUAAAACCUAAUUAAUUACCAUUAGAAUUUUUAUGGUUAAUUUCCUUAAUUUUGGUCUUGCUUUCUGCUUAGCUUUUCCCAAUACUGUAAAAAGAUAGUAAAAAUGUAACAUUGUACUUGAAUGGCAGUUUUUUUUUUUUUUUUUAACAAACGAUAUUAUUUACAUUAAAUGGAAUAAUAGUUUGGAAUUACGAAAAAUUCUUUUUCAUAUUUUAUUUUUUCAUGCUAUAUAUGAAGAAAGAUUCAAGGAACUGUGAUUAUCUGCCACCCGUUUAUAUAUGUUUCUUGAUCUCUAUUUUUUUUUUUUUUUUUUGUCAAAUGAAAUUACUUCCAUUAAAAACUAGUACAAGAAAGAGAGACCAAAAGGCCUCCCAUAAACAACAGUAGGUAAAGUAAAAGACCUAAGCAAAAUGAGAGCUGUAACUCAAGAUACAUAUGGAGGCUCACACAAA